AUGCAUUUGCUUUGUGCCUUUCUUGUACUGCUUUCCUUUGGAGAUGGUUUCCAUCCUAAUUGUCCUAGAAGAUGCAGCUGUGAUUACAAUCAAUCUGUCCGGUGCUAUAAACUGAUAGAAGUGCCUUCAUGGAUGCCUUCCACAAUCAAGAGGCUUUAUAUCAGCCACAGUAAAAUAAAAAACCUCAAGCUAUCUAAUAUCACCAAAACACGGGCUCUGGAAGAAUUUAUUCUGUUGGCCAGUGGUACAGAGUCCAUUGAAAAUGACACCUUCAAAACUUUGAGGUCACUGAAGACUUUGGAAUUGUGGAAAAAUAAAUUAAGACGAAUCCCUACUGUCCUUCCAAACAGCCUUGAAGUGUUGAAACUCAAUGAUAAUUUGAUAAAUGUUUUGCAUGAAUCAGAUUUUAAAGGAUUGAAAAAAUUACAAGUACUUGAGCUGCAAAACAAUAUGCUGUCCACUCUCUCCCUCAACACACUAGCCUCCCUUGUUAAUUUACAGAAUUUGGUGUUAGAUGGCAACAAUGUGGAAUCUCUGAUUGGUCCCUUUAAACUUCCUCACUUAAAACAUCUGAGUAUGGAAAAUAACAAACUACAUUUCUUACCAGAGAGUUUCUUUUCAUCUCUUCAGUCUUUGCAAUUUCUUAGUUUAAGUGGCAACUCACUGACUAAAAUCCCUAAUGACUUGCCAAAGUCUCUGCUUUGUUUAAAGCUGGAGAGAAACCAGCUACAAGAAAUAAGAUUUCGAGAUAUAAAACAUCUGGAGAAUCUUUCUCGUCUGUUCCUUUCUACCAAUUCACUUUCUUCUAUUGAAGGAGCCCAUUUCCUUCCUAAUUUAACAAUAUUAGAGAUAUCUCAAAAUCAACUACAGACACUGCCCUUCCGAUUGCCAACAAGGCUACAGAAACUUGAUUGUAGUAAUAAUCUGAUUCAGAGAGUAAGGCUCCAAGACUUCCAGAACCUGAGAGACCUGAAACAUUUAUUUCUAGACAACAACAUGGUCAGCUUAUUUGAGGUGGGAGCUCUUCAAAGAUGUGUUCAGCUUUCUAACCUGGCCCUGGAGCAGAACCUUCUGCUGUCAAUACCUCUCAAGCUUCCAGACACUUUAGCCAGACUAGAUCUAAAAGGAAAUGCCAUAAAAGAUAUUGGUGAGCAAGAGUUAAAAGAUCUGAAGCAGCUACAGGUUCUGAAUCUUCGAAACAACAAGAUAUCUGCAUUGAAUCUCAAAGUCCUGGAAGGUUUACCUCGGCUGAGACACCUCUAUCUGGAUGGAAACCCUUGGAACUGUACUUGUAACCUUCUCAGGGCUAGGCAGGUCCUGAUGGCCAAGGGAACUGAUGUGAGAGGAGGGCAAUGUGCAGCCCCAGCAGAAAGAAGAGGAGAAAGCUGGAUGUCAUCAAAGAAUAUCAUGAGACACUGUGAGGGCCAUUCCUAUCUAACUGAGAAAAGCAAAGAGAUCAGAAAGAAACCAAAAUAUGAGGACCACUCUAGCAUUAUGAACAUGGAUGAUGACUAUUAUGAUUAUGAAAUAGAUUAAAUGUGAGACCAAAAUGUUUUUUAAAUUUUUUUAUGCUCUCAUUUUUGCUAGGACAGAUUACCACAAAACAGAAGUGGAUAGCAUCACACACCCCAUUAUGUAUUUUGUUGUAUGAGGGUAUUUUCU